AUGGCCCUUCCUAACCUCUCCUCUCUAGUGUCUUCCCGCGUCCAGCUAGCCCUGGACAAGGCCUGGGCGGUUUCCACACGCGAAAAAUAUACCUCCGCAAUCUCCGUGUUUCUGGCAUUCUGCAGUACCGAACUCGUCCCCGAACCCGCUCGCUUGCCCGCCUCUGAAUACUUACUGUGCGCGUUCGCUGCUUCCCGCAUUGGCAACAUCGCCGGCACCACUGUGCAGGGAUACAUUGCGGCUCUCAAGGCUUGGCAUGUCUACAACAAUGCCCCCUGGUUAGGCGGGCCGCGCCUCAAUCUCGUACUCAACGGCGUCGAGAAUAUGACCCCCACAUCCUCGCGCCGACCUCCCCGACCUCCGGUCACCCGCGACAUGCUACUUUUGCUGGCAGCCCGGCUCUCUAGCUCGAGCUUUGUUGACGUCGCGGUUCUGGCGGCUGCGACCACCGUGUUCUACGGCCAGUGUUGGCUAGGCGAGAUCUUAUCUAACUGGGAGGACUCUUUCCAUGUCGGCCACACCGCCCUGCUGUCACACCUCUCUGCCCCACUUAACUCUAACCAUUCUCGCAAGCUAUUCCUGCCCUUCACUAAGGUUUCAAAAUCAUGCGGCGAGUUCAUCUAUAUCUGUCAGCAGGUCAACGCGGUCUGA